UGGGGAUACAAGCAUGCAGGGGGUGGGCGGAUGGACGGUGUGCACAGUACAAAGAUCCACAUCACCAUAGUAGACACCCUGUGUCCGUCAAACAUGCUAGGCUGCUCAGAGAGAUAGAUGCGAGGUGAUCCGCACGCACAAGCACUGCUGUCACGCCACCAUCCUGUACACUGCCGUAGACUGCCUUAAUGUCACUGAGUAGAGUGGAUGAAAAGGCAAGGGCCCCCUCUGAAGACGCGUGUUCCAUUCACUCUACUCACACAUAAGGCUUGCGUGCGUGCGCGAGUUUCAGACCCCCGUCUGCCAGCUCCCAUGCACCCGCAUUCGCUUACAUCAACCAACGUCACAAGACUGUACAACCAGCAUCCAUCGCACCUCCAGACACGACGAGAGCCAGGCAGGCGCCGCGCCCUGCAGCACUAGAGUCAUGCGAAGCUGUCCAGGUCGAGCCGCCAGUUGGUGGUGGUGCGUCUGCUCCUGUCACUCGGCAGCAGCAGACCCCCGCCCUCGGGCACCGGCGGCAGCUCCGAGCUGUUGGUGCGACUCGCCUCGAUCUUCUGAACCUACACAAACACACACACACACACACACACACAAACACACACACACGCACAGACAGUGGUCUGUUCUCUCCUCGUCUGUCUGUUCCUGUGUGGGCAUUGCAUUGGUCGCUGCUCACGUCAGGGUCGAUGGUUUCCCUCGGUCCCAUCUGUGCGCGCAUCUCGAUGGCCGCUCGGACAUCCGACACGUCGAGCUUGGCCUUCUUCUGGCCGUCGUGCUUGCGGGACAGCUCCUCGGCGAUGCCCAACACACUCCUCACCUCACCUGACACACACACACCACACACACACACACACACGGCCAGCCAUCCAAUGGCAAUGGUAUGCUGCCAUGCCAUCCACAUGUGUGCGCAGCUCACGGUGCAUGAUCUCCACGAGCUGGUCCAGCACGGCCUCAUCGUACUCGAGUACGUUCAGCUCACGCAGCAGGCCGCGCACAGCCUGCCGGGCGUCGGCCUUCUCAGGCCUCUUCGCGCUUGAUGGGCCAGAAGGGCCAGAAGCCUCCAUUUUGGCUCAGUAAGCAAGAUUAUCUAUACCUCAGAUAUUCUCACAACAUGUGCUCUCC